CUGUCAGGUAGUAGCGCAGUGACGCUAUUCCGUUGCCAGGAGCAACUUAAAUAGGCUGGGGGAGAAAGGCAAGACAAAUAACGUAGCUAAUUCGCGUUUACUAAUAUACCAGACAAAAACUAGAAUUCACGGUUCAGUGCCUGAUUGUUCCCCAUGUUGGCACACUAGUUCGCACUCUGACGUCUGUAUUUUCCUGCUUAGAGUCGCAUUUACAUCUUGGUGCCAUGGCUGAUUUUGGGUUCAGCGAACAUCACCAGAACGAGGUCAUAAACUAUAUGCGCUUUGCUCGCUCCAAGAGGCUACUGCGACUCAAGACUAUUGACUCGUGCUUUCAGGAACUCAAAGACAGCAGACUUGUUGAGGAGACAUUUACAGUGGAUGAGGUGUCAGAUAUGCUGGAUGGGCUGCAGGUGGUGGUGCAUGGAGAGGUGGAGAUGGAGCUCAUCAACACCGCCCACACCAAUGUCUUGCUCCUUCGUCAGCUCUUUUCCCAAGCUGAGAAGUUCUACCUGAAAUUGCAGACUGAUAUCUCAGAGCUGGAGAGCAGAGAAUUACUGGAACAAGUAGCAGCAUUUGAAAAGACUGAUUUUAAAUCCAUCAUCAAGGUAAAUCAAGAAUCAAGCAAACCCAAAUUAGCCCCACUGAAUGAGGGAGGAGUGUCAGAACUACUCAACAAGGAAAUUUCCAGAUUACAAGAGGAGAAUGAUAAACUGAGAGCUAGACUCAGAACAUUGGAAAGCCAGGCCAUGAGUGCCCUAGAUGAGAAGUGUGAGGUUGAGAGGGCCCUAAAUGACCUUCAGAAAAUCCAGGGAGAUCAACAGCACACCAUUCAUGCUCAGGAGAUUUCUAAACUGGAAGACACUGUAGCAGCCAUGCAGAUAAAUUUUGAGAAGACACUCAGUGCCAGUUCUGCAUCACAGAAGGAGCUACAGGACAGCCUGGUGUCAGCUAAACAUGAGCUGCUCCGUGUUCAAGAUCAGCUCACCCUUGCUGAGAAGGUACGAGUCUGAUGAGUGAUGUGAUGGACUAUAGAAAAUGGCUUGUGUAAAGGGGUUUUACAGGCUUUGAACAGUUUUGUCCACAACACUUGGAAAGGGACCAAAGAAUGAAAGAAAAGAUGGACAAAAAGGAAGUUUUUUUUAAAUAAUAAAUUAAUUGAUAUUUGCAAGCUUUUCUUUUAAUAAAAUUAUUGCUGUGCUUUAGGGAUGAGCUUAUUGAAUAUGUGCAGUAUGUCUUGUGAACUAUAUGUACAAUUAUUAUAUAUACUUUUAUUUGUAGAUGAAUAGUAGUUUUCCACACCACAUUAUUUACCUCUAAACAUUUUGUAAAAGCUCAAGCCCAUUCACAAACAAUGACAGACUGUCAUUAAUAAAGCGUGUUCCUGGGAGCUUAUGAACACUAUAUCUUGUCAUCAAGAAAAAAAAACACUUUUAGGGUUCGUCAUAAUGUAUCCCUCAUGAGUCAAUUUUAAACAAACAGUAUCAAAAUGUGCAGCAAUAGGUUACCCCAUUUGGUUAUGCUUGGAGAAUUUCUUUUUCAAAAUCUUUGUGUGAUUUAUGCCAUGAAAAAAAAAGUAACUUCUUAGAGGAACAAAUUUUCAAAAAAUUAAAAUCCUGUUAAAGUAAAAAUCCACAGAGGUUUUCUUUCAUAUGAUGUAAGUGAAGUCUAUGGGGAGGUUUAGAUUGUAUGGGGCAGUUUUUGUAUAUGCAUAUCAGAGACAAAAAGUGUAUUUUCUUCUUCAUUUUCCUCUAAUUAAACUAUUAGUUCUCAUCCAUGAGCACCCAAGAAUUGCCUUCCAUUGUGAUGGUUCUGAUGUGUGAACAGAGGAAACUAGAGACAGGCUUGAGGAACUAAAAAGAUGUGCUUUGUUUUACUUUUGCUUUUCAGCUGUAUUACUUAAAUGCACACUACCAUACAUUGACGCAUGGCUCUGUAAACUCAGCUCUGUCUCCUUUCAAAGACAGGGACUCAUUUAAAGUUUUUUAGCAUACCACAGAGUCCAUAAAGCUAGAUAAAUUAUGAUUUGUGGGUCUCUGAAUUCUGAAAAUAAGCAUAGCAGGCUAAUGUAAUAAUCAGAUAUGUUUUAGUGCCAUGAGUGAACAGGAUAGUUGUCCACUUAUGAUCCGACCACUCAAGAUGGCUGUUAAUGACUGGUGUGAAUGGGGCCUAUACUUUUGAGCAUGUGAGCACAUACACAUGCUUCCUUCAUGGUGUGAUACAAACCACAUUUUAUUUGUCAGUUUAUACAUGUUGACUGCCGGCAAUUCACACGACAGGGACAUUACAAAUUUGGCCAUUACAAAGCUUUGGCCCCCUCAAGAACCCAUUUGUUUAAUUGGGCAUAGAUGGGCCUGUUGCCAUUGUCUGUGUCUUUAUGACUGGCAAAUGGUGGUUUGUGUCUGUGCCACCUACAUCUGCAACUGGAACUCCCAAAUUUUGGUGUUGUGUUCAAAAAGCAGAAUUAAUUUGUCUACAUACAACUGGCUCAGCAGAACUUUCACCAAUCUAUUGUUGUAUUAAUGAUUAUUAAUAUUUUAAUAAUAAGAUUAUUAAUACUUGUGUUGUGUGUUAUAUGGCUAAUGAAUAAUUUAAUAUGUGCAAAAUAUUUCAUCAGUUAUAAAUAAAAUAGUUUACAUGAGCAGUGAGCGUUAA